CCCCACGAGUGAUUAGCGCCCCGAUUCCGAUCCCGUUCCCUCCUCCCAGCGCAGGCCUACCACCGGAGCAACCCUCCGCCCUCCACCUCCGCCUCCAUCUGCUCCGGCUGGUGCGCAAUCAGCUCUGGGAAUAGUAACAAAUUUCAUAUGCAGAGAUGAUCUCGUCGUGCCCCAUCUGCGGCAACCAGGUCCUUACGGUCGAGCUGGAACGGCAUGCCAAUAGCCACUUCGAGGAUGAUGAGGUUCAGAGGGACAUGGAGUUGGCGCAGCUGGCCGCGGCCGCGGAACUGAGUACUGGUGUCAUGGAUGUACCUGAACCUAGCACGAGACCAGUCCCAAAAGAUGAUUCUGCUGCUCAAGUGGCCUCAUCGAGCAUCAUCAGAGACUCGUCUCCUUACGGAAAUGUGAUGAACGAACAGAUUUCCUUGUUGGUUGGAGCACAGAUCAGAAGCGAGAUUCAACAAAUUCAAGGUGGUGUUAUGAACCUGUUGAGGAGCUGCCUUGAAUCUGAAGGUAGCUCGUCAACAAGUAUAAUAUCAGGCUCUGUUGACCAUCAUCAGAGUCUUUCGUCGGAAGACAAGGGAUGGGGAUGUGGGUGGAGAAAUAUCCAGAUGCUGAGCUCUCAUCUGCUGAGGCAGAGGCCGGAAACAAGGGAGGUUCUGUUUGGUGGCUGUGGAUUUGUGCCUGACAUCCCUUCGCUUCAGAGAUGGCUUGAGAUUGCUUGGGAUAAAGGUUUUGAUACUGUUGGUUCGAGUCAUUUUGAUAACAAAAUUUAUGGUGUGAAGAAGUGGAUAGGAACAACGGAAUGUGUUACGCUGCUACGCUCUUUUGGUCUGCGUGCAAGGAUCGUAGAUUUUGAUAGCACAGAAUCAGCGAGCCUGCAGGGUAAGAGCGGAAAACGAGUACGCGGGCCCAUGGAUAAGUAUUUGGUCAAGACUAAUUCUUGUCCAAAUUCAUCGUCUGGUGAACUUAGUCAAGAAGAUGCUGAAAACAUGAGAGGCCAGCAGGUCCUCGUCGACUGGGUAUGGAACUACUUCAAAAGCAACUGUUCUGGUACAUUGAACAAUUCAAAGAAUGUCAUGAUCAGUGAUAAAACCCCAUUAUAUUUCCAACAUCAAGGUCAUUCAAGGACUAUAGUUGGGAUUCAAAAGCAAAAGGGUAAUCGUGGAUCUCAAGACCGGUAUAACCUUUUGGUUUUAGACCCUGGACAUAGAACAGCUGAUUUGGAGAGGACCCUUACAAUGAAAAAAGGAUGGCAGAGGCUGGUGAAACGAGGUGUGCACACCCUCAGAAAGCCACAGUAUCAGCUGUGCUAUGUGGAUCCUGGAAUUGCUAGUUUAGAAGAAAUGUCACAGCUCAAGACUAUUGAUAGUAUCCUGAUCAGGUUCUAGAACAGUCGUAAAGUGCGACAGUUAACGCAGUUGCCGUAACAAAAUCAGUGGUCUACUUGAUUGUGCAUUUGCCCAUGAGUUGUGGUUUUGCCAACUGUGUGUUGUGGAGGUAUCUGCUGCUACUUGCUCUGGUGUGUUCUCGCUCAGAGACAUUUUCUUGUUGCUCCUGAUGCCUCUCUGGUCACCUCCCCGGUGCCUGUAGGCCAACCCUGUAGCCCCCCUCCUGCAUCGGGUGAUUUGGAAAAGCAAAAGAAGACUGUCUUUGAAGAUUGUAGAAGUCUGUCCAAGGUAGAUUGUUUAAAACAACUGGCCCUCGACCAUCGCAACUUUCGGUGCAGCAUAAAGGGUUCCCUGCCCCCUCUAUAACAAUCCUGUUAUGUCGUGGGGUUGUGCAGUUCGUGCAAGAGUCGCCAUUCAACCUCCCUGAACUCCCAUCACCUGCUUGUAUCCCUAGCCCAGUUUCUGGGAUGUAACAGUUGACACACUUCUUUUGGUUUUUUGCAUAUAUAUAUAUGUAGGUGGCACAGUUUGCUUCCCUCCAAAAGU